UGUGACGAGAAACCGAAAACGGCUCUUGGCUUUCACGCUUAUUCUCUUGUGGGUAAUCUUGCCUUCUUAUUUGAACAUGGAGACUCGGCGGUGCGAGGAGAGUUGCAAGACUGGAGAGAAAGUAGACCCUACUGUGGAUGCAGACCUCGCCACAGCCAUCAUGGCCCACCAGUUCCACCCUUCUGUCCUGGGCCCAGAGGCGUGGGAGGGUUACAUCUUCUCUGACCUGGAGAUCCGAAUUAAAGAAUCCACAGACCUCUACGGAGCUGUACUCUGGCCGUCUGCUAUGGUGUUGUGCCACUUCCUGGAGAACAACUGUGGCAAGUACAACCUGAUGGACAAGAAUGUGAUUGAACUUGGUGCAGGAACUGGUCUCGUAUCCAUCAUUUCUAGCCUUCUAGGUGCUAAGGUCACCUCCACUGAUCUCCCAGAUUUGCUAGGGAACCUCCAGUGCAACAUCACUCGCAACACAAAAGGACGGUGUAAAUACACCCCCCUGGUCACACGACUGGUCUGGGGCCCAGAGGUGGAGCAGAGGUUCCCCCACAGCACACACUAUUUUGACUACAUCCUGGCUGCGGACGUGGUGUACGCCCACCCCUACCUGGACCAGCUGUUGGACACCUUCAUUCACCUGUGUCAAGCGAACACACAGAUCCUGUGGGCCAUGCGUUUCCGCCUCGACGCAGAGAACAGUUUUGUGGACCGUUUCAGAGAGCGCUUUCACUUGGAGGAGCUGUACGACCUCCCCAGUCUCAGCAUCAAACUGUACCGAGCCUGGAGGAGGGACACGGGGACAGAGAACCAAGAAGAGGCUGCUUUUUAAACUGUUUACAACUUUCCGCUGUACGCUUUGCAACAAUGCUAGUAUUAAUGUCGUCGGUGGUGUCACAUGUUCCCACUAGAUUUGAACUUUAAUCAGCGAACAAAAUGCGUAAAUUGUUUCACUCAAAUACUGAUCAGUUCUGAAUGCAUUUUCAUGGAAAAAACAAUAAUGCUGCCACUGGACUGCUCUGACGCCAUCCUCUGUAUUACUGAAGAUUGCUAUGAUAUGCAGUGAUAUGUGCUUCAUUUCUUUCGCAUUUCAGCUUGGAGACAGAAUCUCACAAUCCCCACGUAAAUGUCUCUUUUCACAAAACGAUUAGAAGUACUUUAAUGACCACAUGAACUAGAAGGACUUGGGAGAGCGCAGACCUCCACCAAGGCUGAAUUGUUGAAUUUGUUCAUGAAGGGUGACAAACACACGGCGGUACCAUAAUGAUUCUGGAGGGUGUACAGUUCCUUUGAUGCCAUGGUGACUCAAACUGUAAUCAUAAAUUCAUUUUUUUAGCCCCUCUAUCCAGAUUCUCACCUAAAUUGAAUGACGUCUCCCGUGGUCCAUGUGCAAUCCUUGUUGAAAGUUUGGUGGAUAUAUAUUUUGAGUGUGACGUUGCUAAUUGUGUUUGUCCUUGUAGUUGCUGUUUUACUGCGUCCGAAUUAUGAACAACAAAUGUAUUGUAUAUGGAGACCUUUGUAAACUUGUUCUCUUCAUAAUACAAGUUUUUUUUAAGUGUAUAUGCAAAAACUGGAGUCUAAGCACGAUUAAAUAACUGCAAUAAAGGUCAAAAAUACUUAUUUUUAUAGUUAUUAAGCAAAAUAAUUUGCUGUUGGCAGAUUAUUUAUCUUAUUUAACGUGAUACACCUCAAAUUUUUGUACUUAAGAUACAUUCGUCUGACAUAAAAAGUGACAUUUAAGAAAAACUAUUUUGCUAGUCAAAAAAAGUACAGAGGAUCCCUGCUUCUGGUGGGGGUCACAUUCCGGGACCACCAGCGAAUGGUAAAAAAAGUUAUAUGCCCGUAAAAAUGUCAGGUUUUGACACACAACAACCCCAUCCCCACCCCCAAUACCCUUCUGCACUGAUGUUCUCUAAUUUCAAGAUCAGCAUUUGCAAUAAAAAUUACCGUUGGAAUUAUUAGAUGCGAUUCAUUUCCAGAACCCUCCCCUUUUCUCUUCAAUUGCAUUGUUCUCUCGCAACGAAAUCCAGGUUUAAGUGCUAAAUAUGCCUCACACACUUGUUAAAAGCAUUUAAAGUAUAAAACGUACAGGUACUCACCACUAAUGAAUGACAAUGUAAGAUGGUCUAUGAACAAAUGGAAUUGUAUUCACGGUGUGGCCUUGAGCUUGGUCGUCAGGCUAGAGCAGGGGUCGGGAACCUUUUUGGCAAAGAGAGCCAUGAAAGCCACAUAUUUUAAAAUGUAUUUCCGUGAGAGCCAUAUCAUAUUUUUUAACACCAAAUACAACCAAAUGUGUGUAUAUUUAAGGAAGACCAACAAUUUUAGAAUAUAGUAAGUCUCUGAAUUUAUUCUUUUUAAUAAUGUUGUUAUAUUGAAGCUAACCAAUAAUAAAUAAAUUACUUUUCACCAUUAAUGUGACUUCUGGUGCUGCAUGGUUUUGCGCCCUACUCCGUAUCUUUCUUUUCUUUUUUGUCAAAGGGGUUGUGUCUGCACAGUUAGCUAGCUGACUAUUUGAUUAAAGGAGGGACGACCCCAAUGAUAAUCGAGUUUUGGUGUCUGACACAGAAAACAUGGGAAGGUCAGCUGGCAUUGCGCUAGAAAAUCAAAUGGAUGUAUUAAAAUGCAUUAGAAUGCAUAUUUUUAAUGUUAUUUUUAACACUGUGAUUUCUGUAAUGUUUUACUUUAAAA